GUUUCGUACCCCGAGCGACAGCUCUACGACUCCGAGAACGCAGCCGACUCGUGGACGAACUUUCCCAUCGACAAGUCGAGGCUGCUCAGGGUUGAUGAUCUGCUCAGGAAGGAGAUGGAUAUCCGCAAGUUGAGCGAGGAGGCUGAGGCUGAGGCGAUGCAGGAGGAGGGUUUGGAGGAUGAUGACGACGAGGAUGACGAGGACGAGGAGGAGAACGGCGAUGAUUCACUGAUGGACGAUGAGGAUGAGGAUCUGGAAGAUCAGGAUGAUGACGACGACGACCAAGACGACUCUGAGGAUGACUACGACGGCGAGAGCGGCAAUGAGACGGACGACGAAGAGGGCUUUGCCGAAGACGACUCGGAUGAUGAAGGUUUCUUCGACCUUCACCCGCCCAUGCUGAUUCCGGCACGUCCCAUCUGCGACCGCAGCAUCUCGGAAUCGUCGUAUAAGAACCACGGUACCUCGCCUCGCCGCAUCCGCUCUGCAACUCCCGAGUUGCCCGACAGCACCGACUUUGUCUGUGGAACAUUCGACGAGGAUAAGCCCUUGGAGGAUGCAUACCUAUCCGCCCUGGAAAUUAGGAAGCGCUCCAAGCACAAGGCCACUCCUCAGGAUAUCGAUCCUAGUUUCCCCACGUCCGACAUGGAGGAUUCCGAGCAGGACGAACCGGAACUCCGACAGGUCACCAGGAUCAACCACGACAGCUCAUCGGACGGCAACCAGAGCAGGGGACGCAAGAUGCGCGGCAUCAAGGAUCACUCUCCCACUCGCGGUGGUCGUGUGCAUUCACCGGCACCGGUUCGCCGAACCGCACUCGGUCAGUCACCUGCACCGACUCGCCGUGUUCGGUCUCGGUCCAGGCAUACUUCACCGCCUCCCAUGUCUCGUCGCAGCAGCAGGGUUCUAUCGCCUGCGCCGCCUCGUCGCCGCACGACGUUCCAGUCCGGACACAGUAUCGUCAGGGCGAGGUCCCUUCCUCGCAACUCCGGCAUCGCACGCCGCACCGGACGUUCGUCCAGGAUCAACUCCGCUGCGGGCUCGCCCCAGAAGGCCACCCGGCCGAUGGUCAUCCGUAGGGGAGCCAUGGACAUCUUCAAAGGAUUGGAGAAGAAGCGCGAACGCAGAAAGGCACGCCUCAACCGCAAAGACAAGGACGGUCUGUGGAAGGCCGGAGAGGGUGUCGAGAAGAUGAGGGAGCUCGGCCUCGAGAUCUGCGGCAAAGGAAGAGCCCGUCCGAUCUGGGUGAUCUCCGCCUGAAGGGAAUCCGUUUACUUCUCUGAGGGGUUUCUUGUGCAUACUUGACGGUAUUUUUUUUGUCUUGUCACGAUUAGAUGAUGAUCGGGGUCUGGUGUUUUUGUUUUGCUUUCCUUUUCUUCUUCUUCUUCUUCUUCAUGGGUUUUCUAAAUAGCCUUGUUUUAUUUCUAUUGUUUUUUCUUAUGGGUUUGCAUGGUGGUGUUUGCUUUUAUAUUUUUUUCUCUUCCUCCUUUUUUUCUCUUUCAACGGAGUCUCAGUUCUUCGAUUUGGUAUAUGGUUUUUGUAUUUCUUCCACUUCAUCGACCUUCCUCCUCCUCCUCGGGGGGGGGGGGGGGGGGGGGGAGGGG